AUGAACAAUUGUAAACUUGAAUGUUUCUAAAUUUUUGAACUUCUAAAAGCUUACCAUUUGAAUUAUUUGAAAACAAGUGAUAGAAUAGUUUAUGGAAAUCUAUCAUGCCGACCUUCAUAUAUCGAUAUACGCUGGAAACUUUUACAUCAUUCUUUAUGUCAAUUUUUCGCAUGAAAUUUUAAACACGUAAUGUAAUUAAAGAGGCACACUUUGAAUUUAUCUCAAUAACUAAUCAAACAAAUUACAUUAUAUAUUUUAUAAUUAUCAUCAAUUCAAGAUAAAUAUAUUGACGCCGCUUUGUUGCCAACCUACUGUUGCAGGAACAUAUCGAGUGUUGUCGAUGUUCGAUUGAUACAUGAUUUUCUUCUCUUAUUUUUGUUACCUGUGUAUCUUUAAGGACAUCGCAUUGUACGUAUUUAUAAAUUUUAUAUAAAUGUUUAAUUAUCUGAUUAAAAUAAAUCAUGAGAGUUGUUAAGCUAUUAUCUUUCCGAUCUAUAUCUACAAAAAAUACCUUCCAAAGCCGGAUAAAUGAACAAAUAGAUCAGUUGGCUAAACCUACUACUAUUAUAAAAAAAUCAACUGUAGAUCUUGCGACAGUAGAUCUUCAUUCAAAAUUAAGUAACAAAUGGUGGGAUAUCAAGGGUGAAAUGCGUGCUUUGCACGCAUUAAAUCCUCUUAGGGUACAGUUCGUACGAGAUGGUUUAGCCAAUACAGGUAUUAACAUUGAAAGUCCACAUUUACCCCUGGAAGGAAUUAAAAUCUUAGAUGUUGGUUGCGGUGGAGGAUUAUUAUCCGAACCAUUAGCUAGAAUUGGAGCAGAAGUAACUGGGAUUGAUGCAUCUUCGGAACUAAUAACAGUUGCAAAAGAACAUGCCGCAUUAGAUUCUAAUAUAAGUGGAAGGUUAAACUACAUACAAACUGUUAUUGAAGAUUUUGCUCCAACUAAUAGUAAGGUGUAUAAUGCUGUAAUAGCUUCAGAAGUUGUAGAACAUGUGAAUGAGAAGGAAUUGUUUUUAAAGUGUUGUGUAAGUACUUUAAAACCUGAUGGUUCUAUAUUUCUAACAACAUUAAACAAAACUUUGCCUUCUUGGCUUGGAGGAAUUAUUGCAGCUGAAUAUGUUUUAAAAUUAGUACCAAAAGGAACUCAUGAUUGGAAUAAAUUUAUUUCACCAGCUGAAAUGCAACGUUUAUUAGAAACAUAUGGUUGUAAAACAAAAUUAAUUCAUGGAAUGUUUUAUAAUCCUUUAAAAAAUGAAUGGUCUUGGGUGGCAUCAAGAGCAAUAAAUUAUGCAAUUCAUGCGGUAAAAAGGAAAGAAUAGUAAUAAUUAAUGUAUUUUCUGUGCACUGUGAUAGUUUAUUAUAUUUGUAAUACGAAAAUUUGAAUUAUAACAUUUAAUUUUGCUACUAAAAGACUGAUAUAUGCAUAACUAUUAAAGGAGGUAUCAAAUUUGCAAAGGGAUAUAAGUUAUUUGAUCGAUUUAAUAAUUUGUAACACAGAAAACAUAUAUAUGACUUAAACAAAAUUUAUUGCUUUCGUUUUUGCAGUGUAUUUAUGAUACACUUUAUGGUACAUUUACACGCAUAUUUCA